GAAGCGGUGUGAGCGCUCAACAGAUGUUGUUUUGUCGCACACGUCGUGGCGUUAAAACGCUCUGUUGGAAAACAUUGACUGUGAAACGCGAAGUUAUCCGUUACUGCUCAAUCGAUGAAAAACAGGGCACGUGAAUACGCCAAUAGCACCGGAGAAGAUGGGGUUUUGACGGGAGCACCUGAACGUUGCACGGGAGCAGAUGGGCAUAGGAAGGAUAUGGGACACAAUGAGGCCAAAUGUCAGAGAUACAAACCGCAAGGAAUGUCCAAAAUUUAAAUUUGUGAAAGUGAAAUGUAACUGUUAUUCAACGUGUGUUUCUUGUUUUUUCUCAAAAUCCAUAUCAAUAGUUUCAUAUCAAUAGCUUGAUGAGGAUUAGUGGAUGAGGAUGCUGCAGUUUUGCUAAAUACCGCAAUACACGUUCAGAAAAUAAUACAGAUAAUGAAGAAAUAUAAACACACAAUGUGAUACAUACAAUGCAAUUAUAAAUAGGAUUAUACAUUAUACAGAUAACUUCUCACAGAUGUAAUGUGAAAUAUCCAGGAUUUCAUAGAUAUUUAAAAAAGAAAGUGCAUGGAGAUAACAAUACGACUCCAAUGCAUAAUGAUAUGAUUGUUCCCUUAUAAAACGAUGUCACAGUAAUUAGUGGGGCAGCCACUAAUUACAGUGACAUCAAUGAGACUGUUCCUCAUUUACUGUAGGAGAUCCUACGAGGACCCCUGGUGGCUCCUGCAGGCGCAAAUCGGACUGCAAACACACCGGCGUUCACUCAAUUAACCACGCGGGGGCGCUGUAUCCCCCACCCCCCUCUAUGCCCACAUUCAUGUGACCGCCGCGUAGAGGCGGGGUUACAAUGUAACAAUUUAGGUGCUACAGUGUAACCAAUAAAGUGUCCGCGAUAACCGAGCGCCUCUGCUCGCCGCUGCGCCCUUCUCUCCCCUCGCCCUGGAUGUAAAAGAGAUCACCAACAACCUCGGACACUAGAGGACAAUUGCCACGGAGGCGCCGCCAGAGGGGGACGGGACUGGAUCAUAACACAUUCAUGUGAGUCUGAUGUAUGUUCCCAGUGAGGAGACUGCAGUCCCCAGGAGCCACAUAGCGCCUCUCCUCCACCUCCACCACCGCCUCCUCUUCCGUUGUCCGGUGACAUGCCUUCUGAACCCAGCCUCAGUAGGGAGAUGCUGACAGGACAGCGGCUCUGUCAGUCAAAGUCCCACCAGGACUUGGUCCUCGCUGCCCUCAACCAGCAGAGGAAGGACGGCUUGCUGUGCGACGUCACCCUGGUGGCCAGCGAGCAGAAGUUCCACGCCCACAAAGCGGUCCUUGCGGCGUGCAGCGAUUACUUCAGGGCUAUGUUCAGCUUGUGCAUGCUGGAGAGUGAGGCAGACGAGGUGACUCUGCAAGGCGUGACCGGCGUUGGACUGAAGCACGCUUUGGACUUCGCCUACACGGGGCAGAUCCUGCUGGAGCCAGCGGUGAUCCAGGACGUCCUGUCUGCAGGCAGCCACCUUCAGCUGCUGGAGCUCCUCAGUCUCUGCUCCCACUACCUCAUCCAGGAACUGAGCAGCGUGAACUACCUGGAGCUGUACCGCGUGGCCGACCUGUUCCACCUCCCCGCCCUGGAGGAGGCCGUGGUGGGCUUCCUGGUGGAGCACCUGUCUGAGCUGAGCCAGAGCCGGCAGGACGAGGCCCUGCAGCUGCCCUACCGCCUCCUCAGGGAGGUGCUGAAGAGCGACCGCCUCACCUCACUGAGCGAGGAGGAGAUAUGGAAGCUGGUCGUUCUGUGGCUGGACCACGACUGCCGCCACCAGUACGCCGAUGACCUGCUCCAACACGUUCGCUACGGCCUGAUGGACGUCCCCACGCUGCACCACCUCGCCCGCAGCCACUCUCUGGUCCAGUCCAGCCCGACUGCCGCCGCCCUCGUGGAGGAGGCCCUGGACUACCAUCACGGCACCUUCGUCCAGCCCCUUCGCCAGUCGGCCCGCACCAGGCCUCGCUUCCAGUCCCUCACCCUCUACAUAGCCGGCGGGCGGAAGCGGGAGGUGAGCAGGGUGAGGGAGCUGCGGUACUUCAACCCGGCCGCGCAGGACGUGCACGUGCGCGUCGCCGGCGGGUCGAACUGGAGCGAGCUGGCUCCAAUGCCCACGGGUCGCAGCCACCACUGCGUGGCCGUGAUGGGGAACUUCCUGUUUGUCGUGGGCGGGGAGGUGGAGCACGCCACGGGGAGGACAUGUGCCGUGAGGACCGCUUGUCGAUACGACUCCAGGGGGAACUGCUGGACCGAGAUUGCCCCCAUGAAGGCCUGCAGAGAACACUUUGUCCUGGGGGUGCUGGGCCAGUACCUGUACGCAGUGGGGGGCAGGAACGAGCUGAGGCAGGUGCUGCCCUCUGUGGAGCGCUACUGCCCCAAGAGGAACAAAUGGAUGUUUGUGCAACCCUUCGACCGCUCGCUGUCCUGCCACGCCGGCUGUGUGGCCGAAAGCCUGCUCUGGGUCUCAGGUGGGGUGACGAACACAGCUCAAUACCAGAACCGACUGAUGGUGUACGAUCCAGAACAGGACCAGUGGCUGGCCCGCAGUCCCAUGUUGCAGAGGCGAGUUUACCACGUCAUGGCGGCGGUGAGGAGGCAGCUCUACGUGCUGGGCGGCAACGACCUGGACUACAACAACGACCGCAUCCUGGUCCGCCACAUCGACUCCUACAACAUGGACCUGGACCAGUGGACGCGCUGCUCCUUCAGCCUCCUCACGGGUCAAAAUGAGUCCGGAGUAGCCGUCCACGAUGACAGGAUCUACGUGGUUGGAGGAUACUCCAUUUGGACCAACGAGCCUCUGGCAUGCAUUCAGGUGCUGGAUCUGAGCACAGAGGGGAAGGAGGAGGUUUUCUACGGGCCAACACUGCCAUUCGCCUCCAACGGGAUAGCGGCUUGCUUCCUCCCGGCUCCUUACUUCACCUGUCCGAACCUACAGACUCUACAAGUACCCCAUCACAGGAUAGGUGCUGUCUAA